AUGUCCGGAGAUCCUAUGGAUAUUGACUCGGACCAUGCCGAGCCAGUAUCCACCCAGGCCUCGCCAGAAAAGAAACGCAAGCACAAGCAAAAAGACCACUCGCCGUCCAAAAAGCGGAAGCAUGGCGCAGGAGACUCGACGCUGAUUUCGAUGGACGCGACAGAGUCGCCCAAGAAGAGCAAAAAGUCCAAGGAUAAACAUAAAGAGAAGAAGGAGAAGAAGAAGCAUGUCGUGGCAGUCUCGGAAGAAUCCGACCCCAAUUCUCCCUUCAAACUCGUCACGGCGACUCUCUACCUGCCUCUUUCGCCCAUCUCCAUCUCCCCGACCCAUGCCCUCGCCUCGCUUCUCGCAGAACACCUGUCGCCGCUUCUGUUGACUUAUUACCCGCCUUUCAAAGGGAUCGUGCUGGCGUAUUCUAAUGCAUCGAUAUCCAGCACGCCUGUCGUUCCAGGGAAGACGAACGACCACGGCGAAAACCCGCAGCCAUUGACGCUCGCGAAGACGGCUAACGAGUAUGGAGUUCUCUACGUCUAUCUUACGGCGACUUUCUUAGUAUUCCGUCCCCAGAGGGGGCAGAUUUUGGAGGGCUGGGUCAAUGUGCAGUCAGAAGGGUUCCUGGGGGCAGUCGUUUACAACCUGUUCUCUGUGGGUAUCGAGAGACGGCGACUCCCAGCGGACUGGAAGUGGAUUCCGCCAGGAGCGGAGGAUGAAGGAAGCAUCGACAACAAGAGUAAAAACCGAUCGUCGAAGGGAGCGACGUCAGGGGAAGAGGACGAGUCUAGCAAUCCCGACUUCGACCCCGAGAAGGAGCACUUUACCCCCCUGCCCAAGCCGGUGGUGCACAGUCCAAUUGAAUCAGCCCACCCUCUCGAAGAGAAUCCAGACGACUCCGACUCCGCGACCGGAUAUUUUCAAAGCGCCUCUGGCUACCGCGUCCGUGGCAUGAUCCGGUUCCGGGUCCGCGAUAUCGAUGUCAUUCCCGGAGCAGAUCCGGACCGCGGGUUCAUGAGCAUCGAGGGUACAAUGCUGUCGCCGGAAGAGGAGGCGCGCCUGGUGGAAGAAGAGCGGACGGGAGCGUUUCGGAGUAGCAGACGAGAUGUGGCAGCGAUGACGGGAGCGUUGCCGUCAUCGAACGGGCCUCAACAGAGCAGUGAGGCUAAACCAGCCGCAGGCGAUGCUACAGAUGAUGCUACGGAAGGGGCUGACGCAAAGAGCAAGAAAGAAAAGAAAAGCAAGGAUAAGGAGAAGUCCAAGUCGAAAUCGAAAAAGGAGAAAUAG